AUGACUUCGCUCAUUUCCAAGCAGCUCGCCGACGGCAUUCUUGCCCGCCCCUUCCUGAAGAGCAUCUUCGUCCCCUUCUCCAACUGGUACGCCAACGCUGCCGGCCACCGCAAGCUCGGCUUGAGAUUCGACGACCUCAUCGAGGAGGAGACCGAUAUCGUCCAGAAGGCCCUGAAGCGUCUCUCCCCCAAGGAGUCCUACGACCGCGUCUACCGCAUCCGCCGCGCCGUCCAGCUCUCCUACCAGCACAAGCUCCUGCCCAAGAACGAGUGGACCAAGCCCGAGGAGGACUACCCCUACCUCGGACCCAUCAUCCAGCAGAUCCAGGCUGAGGAGGCCGAGAGGCUGGCCUUUGAGACCAUGGAGGUCCAGAAGAAGCACCACUAA